GUGGAGGGAGGUCGCGCGCUCGCGAUUCUGAAAAUCCCAACUUCGCGCGAUCCAAGUGCUUUAUUCGCAAACACCGUGCUUGCGUAGGCCGUAUAAAAUAAUUGUUUGAAUUAUGUUACCGUGUGUUUUGUUCUGAAUAAGUUAUAAGCAUGGCUGAUAUGGACGAGGAGAACAUCGAAGAGGAGGAGGGCACAGAGUUGGAGCUAGAAGCGCUGUACCGCCGGUACUGCGUGCGACUGAAACAUGCAUUAUUCGUGUCAGCACUGUGCGUCACACUGGUGUGCAGUCUCGCCUUGCUGUGCGCUGUCUGCAUACUCCACUCUCAAGACCUCUCCCAGCAAGUGGCAUCAAUAGCGUCCCUAUCAGUUAUCACGCUCGUGCUGUCACUGGUGCUGGCACUGGCGCUGCUGCCCGCCGCGCCGGAGUGGGAGGCGUUCGCGCUGACGGGCUCCGUGUUGGUCACGUUGUGCCUCGGAGCAGGGACGCUCAUGGCCACGCACCACGCGCCGCUGCCACUGUUCGCGCUAGUAUUGGCGUUCGCGCUGACGGGCUCCGUGCUGGUCACGCUGUGCCUCGAAGCAGGGAAGCUCAUGGCCACGCACCACGCGCCGCUGCCGCUGUUCGCGCUCGUACUGGCGUUCGCGCUGACAGGCUCCGUGCUGGUCACACUGUGCCUCGGAGCAGGGACGCUCAUGGCCACGCACCACGCGCCGCUGCCGCUGUUCGCGCUUGUACUGAUGGUGCACACCAUGAUGCCGAUAGCGCGGUCGAUAUCGCUCGCCAUGUCUGUGGUGCUCACGCUGGCAUAUCUUGGCCUGGCGUUGGGCAUGAGGACCGAAGGUGAGGAGAGGCAGUUCUAUCAGCAGCUGAUCUCCGAGCUAGCUCUCCUCUGCUCAGCAACCGGCAUCGGCCUAUACUACCGGGCGCUCACAGAGCGAGCGCAUAGGAACACCUUCGCCGGCACAAGGACCUGCCUGGAGCAGCGGGUGAAGCUGGAGUGCGAGCGGGAGCAGCAGGAGCGGCUGCUGCUGUCGGUGAUACCGGCGUAUAUUGCUGCGGAGUGGUCCAUUGCCUACUACCGGGCGCUCACAGAGCGAGCGCACAGGAACACCUUCGCUGGUACAAGGACCUGCCUGGAGCAGCGGGUGAAGCUGGAGUGCGAGCGGGAGCAGCAGGAGCGGCUCCUGCUGUCGGUGAUACCGGCGUAUAUUGCUGCUGAGGUGAGGUAA